CCCCCGCGUACCCCCUACCCUCUCCAUCUCGUAGUCCAGUCGUAUAACGCCUCGCUAACCACCACCCCUCGUUCGAAUCGUACCUGCUCCCAUUUCUCUGCAUUUCCCCCUGCUCUCUAGCGAAACCACUUUUACCAAAAGCAAGCAACGCAACGCUUCGUCCCAAUGUCUGCUGCCCAUUCCAAGUCCAAUGCUGAGAAGAAUGCACAGGUUCUGAAAUCUCUGCUUCGGCAGCCUUGCAACAAACAGUGUGCUGAUUGCAAAAGCAAUGAACAACCGCGUUGGGCCAGCUGGAACUUGGGCGUUUUUAUUUGUAUUCGUUGCUCGGGAAUUCACCGCAGUCUUGGUGUCCACAUCAGCCGGGUGAAAUCGGUGGAUUUGGAUUCUUGGACGGACGAACAAACCGCACAGAUCAAAAGAUGGGGCAAUGCCCGAGCCAACAAAUACUGGGAAGCAAAACUCUCUGAUGGUCAUGUGCCCUCUGACAGUAAAAUUGCUUCCUUUAUUCGUACAAAGUACGAAUUUAAAAAAUGGGCACUUAGUCCCGUUGUUCCUGACCCCACCACUUUGAAUGUGCCAGAGGAAGAAGUUGCAAACGUUUCUCCUCUGAGCAGCAUUCGCCCAAACUUAUCUACCAGGCUCUCACAGGCCCCGCUCGUUCCAAUCCCGUCCGCACGUCCGGCUACUUCUGCCUUGCUUGAGACUUCUUCUGUGCGUGAUACGAAACAUGGUUUUGAAACCACAAACACUGGCAAGGGACUUCAUACUACUGCAUCGCAUACCAUCAUGCCUUCUGCUUCGGCACCGCCCGCCUCUAACAAGCAAAAUGACCUCAAGUCUUCCAUUUUGUCUCUUUAUGCGGCUCCCAAACCCCAAUCCUCGGUAGGAACGGCAGCAGCAACGGCGUUUGCUGCCUCCAGCUUGAGCGCUGGAUUUAACACUACCAACUCAAACAACCUCCCAAGUCGUCCCAGCUCAGCGUUCCCUUCAACCACACAAAACGCUUUUGUUGCAGACAAAUGGCGCAUGCCACUUCACAGUGCAACAGGCACGUCGGCUGCUACCAUGCCAAAUUCUACAUCUGCAUCCGCUCGUGGUUCGCCACAGUCAAACAUGGGAAUGUCUUCCUAUCCAUACGACUCUGCUCUCUAUAAUUCUCAAGAGAUAUGGAAGUGAGCUGACUACAUGGGCAUGCACCGUGUGCACACGAAACCGCGCACACGUUAUCUCUUGUCAAUCCUCCGCACUUAUAAACCUCGCACCUCACAACUCAUGGCGCCUGUCGUAACAACUCCCUUUUUGUUUGGAUUCAAAUCCAUCCCUACGAACCCUGCGAACUUUGCUGGUUGCUAUUUGGCAGCAAUGCCUGACUAAACUUCGCUAGCAUUUGUCUGUGCUUACAUUAUGUCCUUUCUUGUAGCAUUUUGUCCUGCUCGUAAUGUUGUGCUACUGACUUAAUCAUAAUCUCUUUUGCUUGUUCAUAAAAACUACCUUUAUGGGAAGAAGACAAAACGGCGAA